UGAGGGGUCAGGCCAUGCCUGCAGGCUCACAAUUCAUAAAGGAAGACAUGAAGACGGUCAUGUAUGGCUAUCUCCUCAUUGCUGUGAGAUUCCUCUGCCUUCUCUCUGGUUUGCAUGGUGAGGAAUGCAGUCAUGCGGUGCUGGCUAAACGUGAUACAUAUCGUGUACCAGAGGGGGACAGUCUGUCCCUGUCCUGUGUGGUCCAGCAUUGUGGACUAGAUGGCUGGAUAGGGGAGUGGAUCUGGACUCAGCCCUUAGAAAACAAGUCCAUCGUCUUGCAACCCACUCCCAGACUCCAUCUCUUCAAUGAGUCUCUCUCAACCAAUCAAACUCGCCUGUUGAUGAAAUUCCUCAAUAUCAACAAAUCGGAUGAAGGUUUAUAUAAAUGCAGCGUUGCAUGGGGUCAAGGACUCACUGCCAGCGACCAGGGACAUAUGACUUCUGUGAAUACCUUCUCGGCCGUCACCUCUGAAAGGAAUGUAUUGCACAGGGUACUGGUGUGUGUGGGUGCAUCUCUUUGUUUCCCCCUCUUUAUGGGAUUGGCUCGAUGUCUGAGUUUAGAGGUCAAGCCUCAGCCUGUUCCCAGGACCCUGUCUAUAAAUCAUUCACAACUGAGAAACCUAUGCACAGCUGAAGCAUGUCAGGCUCCUCAGCCUCCACCACGAUGCCCGAUAGCCAAGAAGGAGAACACUCCUCAACGUAAAGCCACUCCUGUGCCCAAACCACAGAAAGAGCUUGUAUAUGCAGCUCUCUCCCAGGAUGCUCUGGGACAGGAGCGAGCAGCUGGAGGUCCUACCCAGGCCACCAUCUACUCAUCAGUCCACUUUUCUUGACUGGAACUCAGGUGGCUGUCCAUCAUCCUUCCACAUCAUCCUUGGCCUCAUAAGGUGUAUGUUUCAAUGCUGAUUUUGUAUCGCCGUUGCUAUUUCUGUGUUGUUGUUGUUUUUUGUUUUUUUUGAAGCUCCAUCAGCCU